CCGUGGCGGAACAUUAGCGGCUUUUCUCGGACGGUAGAACCCGAGCGGUGGCUCCGGUUCCGGGCUGCAGAUGACGGAGUGUCCGGACAGCAGCGUCCUGCAGCGGACACACAGCGGCGACACCGGGCCGCCGGUGGUGGUGAAGGUGGAGUCAGGUGUGUCAGGUGGGCCGGUCCUGACCCCGCCACAGACCAAUGAGCUUCACUUCCUGCGGUCGCGUGUCCGAGAGCUAGAGAGAGAGCGAGCCGAGCUAUCGGCGGAGAACCAGAGACUGAGGAACAUGCUGGUCCACGAAAUCCCCGGGCUUCUGUCCACCAUGUGGCAAACGCUGGGUCAGUCCAACAGUCACCACUCCGUCUCCACAGCAACAGGAGGCAGCGACAGCUACGCGCCGUACCUGCAUCAGCACCAGCCGGCCAAUCAGGAUGGAGACCCCCACUCUCAGGUCUACACCCAGCAGCUCCAGGAGGAGCUGAGCGGGGACAUUUUGGAGUCCUGGGGCCCGCUGGGCUCUGAGGACGAGGAGCUGCCAGGAGGAGCAGACCUGGGCCUGGGGAGCCACAUGGGGGAGGAGGCGCCACUCUGCAGCCAGACCGACAUGGAGGAGCUGAGGAGGAGCUGCUCCGAGAGCCAGUGUACUGCUGGACACGCUAACGGACACGUGAGCCAGGUGGAGGUGUAUCCAGGCUCAGGUGUUCUAUGUGAAGGUCGCUCGUGGCAGGCAGCCAAUCAGGCGCAGUCUCCCACGGCGAUGGCCCGGACGCUGCUGAUGGGUGUGUUUGAUAUGAACACCCUGAUGAACAGUAACCUCCGAGGUGGGCGGAGCCGCCGGCCUGCCUUCCAACCACAACGCAGCGCACUCGACCCGCACAAGAUCAACGCCAUCUUUAAUGCCAUCUUGGCUCGGUUUCCUCUGGCUAAGAAAGGAGUCAUCGGUUCUGGCAUCAACUCCAAAUUGUCUGAGAUCCGUUUCCGCUCCCGACGAGCCAAUCGAGACCCUCGAUUCCUCUGACAGACAACAGGACCGCUCCUCCUACCUCACAGAAAGAAUUGUCCAAUGAGAACUCAGCAUUCUGUAGAUGUUGAUGUUCAGUUUCAGGUGCAGUUGUUGCUGAGUCAGCGGCUCUGCUUUCAUGGCGACAUCUGAUCCAGUAACACUGACGACCUGAUUCGUGGUCGAACGCUCGACAAGUUUGAUGAGCCUGUGGCGGCUGGAGGAUGGCGUCUGGUUACCAUGGAGACGUCUGAACUGGUGGAGCAACAGUCAUCAGAAGCGUGGAGCACCCGACCACCAAUCAGGACUAAAUGUAGUUGUGUUUUUGUGACCUCACAGUCAGGACAGCCUUUGAUGUUUCCAUUGAUGGUGUAUUCUCAUGUUUACAGACGUGACAUCACGUGUUGUGACAUCAUGUGUUGUGACAUCACGUGUUGUGACAUCAUGUGCUCAAGUGUUUUUAUUUUCAUGCUGUUGAUCCGGUAACUGACGUCAUCAACGUGUCAUCAUUUAUCUAAACUAAUAAAAAUUCAGCGUCAGUUUGGACGUGAC